AUGACGGGGAAAGCAGGGGAAACGCUGAGCAAGCCCAAAUCCGAGACAGUGGCCAAGAGUACCUCGGGGGGCGCCCCGGCCAGGUGCACAGGGUUCGGCAUCCAAGAGAUCCUAGGCUUAAACAAGGAGCCUCCCAGCUCCCACCCACGGGCUGCCCUCGACGGCCUGGCCCCCGGGCACUUGCUGGCUGCGCGUUCGGUACUCAGCCCGGCAGGAGUGGGCGGCAUGGGGCUGCUGGGACCCGGGGGGCUUCCCGGCUUCUACGCGCAGCCCACCUUCCUGGAAGUGCUGUCCGAUCCGCAGAGCGUCCACUUGCAACCUCUAGGCAGAGCGUCGGGGCCACUGGACACCAGCCAGACGGCCAGCUCGGAUUCCGAAGAUGUCUCCUCCAGUGACCGAAAAUUGUCCAAAUCGGCUUUAAACCAGACCAAGAAACGCAAGAAGCGGCGACACAGGACAAUCUUUACCUCCUACCAGCUAGAGGAGCUGGAGAAGGCAUUCAAUGAAGCCCACUACCCAGAUGUCUAUGCCCGGGAGAUGCUGGCCAUGAAAACAGAGCUGCCAGAAGACAGGAUACAGGUGUGGUUCCAGAACCGCAGAGCCAAGUGGAGGAAGAGAGAAAAAUGUUGGGGCAGGAGCAGCGUCAUGGCCGAGUAUGGGCUCUAUGGCGCCAUGGUGCGGCACUCCAUCCCCCUGCCUGAGUCCAUCCUCAAGUCUGCCAAGGAUGGCAUCAUGGACUCCUGUGCCCCGUGGUUGCUGGUUCAAGAUGGCUUUCCCAGGCGCUUUUCUAAACCCGAAUACCAACAAUUCUUUUUAGGGAUGCAUAAAAAGUCGCUGGAGGCAGCAGCUGAGUCGGGAAGGAAGCCCGAGGUGGAACGGCAGCCCCUGCCCAAGCUCGACAAGAUGGAGCAGGAGGAAAGGGCCCCGGAUGCCCAGGCGGCCAUCUCCCAGGAAGAACUGAGGGAGAACAGCAUUGCCGCCCUCCGAGCCAAAGCUCAAGAGCACAGCACCAAGGUUCUGGGGACUGUAUCCGGGCCGGACAGCCUGGCCAGGAACGCUGAGAAGCCAGAAGAGGAGGAAGCCAUGGACGAGGGCAGGCCAGCAGAGCAGCUCAGUCCGCCACAGCUGGAGGACAUGGCCUAGGUCAGGAGGAGCUGGCUCUGGAGCCAGACUCUGCUCCUCUC